UGAUUAGUCGGACCGGGCUGUUUGCCCGCCCCUGUAGGUGGAGCCUUCCUCUCUCCUCGUGCCACCCAGAAGCUUCCAGGCUGUUGUCCGGCACGCGCUGUGAAAAUGAUCGGCCAGCAGGUUUUAGUGCUCAACCAGAACGUGAAGAGGGAGUCUGGACGUAAAGUCCAGACCGGGAACAUCAAUGCAGCAAAGACCAUCGCUGAUGUCAUCAGGACCUGCCUUGGCCCAAGGGCCAUGAUGAAGAUGCUGCUCGAUCCCACUGGAGGAAUCGUGAUGACCAAUGAUGGAAAUGCCAUCCUCAGAGAGAUCCAGGUACAGCACCCAGCAGCGAAGUCGAUGAUUGAAAUCAGCCGUACACAGGAUGAGGAGGUGGGAGAUGGAACCACCUCGGUCAUCAUACUGGCCGGUGAGAUGCUGGCAGUGGCUGAGCAGUUUCUGGAGCAGCAGAUGCAUCCGACUGUGAUCAUCAGUGCUUACCGCCGGGCGCUGGAGGACAUGUUGGACACCCUGAAGGAGAUCAGCACCCCUGUGGACACGUCAGACCGCUCCAUGAUGCUGAAGAUUGUCCACUCAGCCAUUAACACCAAAGCUCUGAGCCGCUGGUCUGAGCUGGCCUGUAACAUUGCGCUGGACGCCGUGCGCACUGUGGAACUGGAGGAGAGCGGUCGCAAAGAGAUUGACAUCAAGAAGUACGCCAAGGUGGAGAAGGUUCCUGUACAGAAACAGCUCUAG